AUGUCUAUUGAAAGGCUGGAUGUUACCAUUGGAUAUACUAUGAGUAAUACUGUUCUCAUUUGCUUCUGUUUUCAGUCUGCCAAUACUCAGCGUAGAUCAGUUUACUAUGAUGAAUCAGUCAAUGGAAAUGCCAAUUGGAGUAAAACAAAGUUUCAGUACAUUCUUUACACCAAUGGUCUUCGAAACACCAAUACUGUGCCAAUAGGUUUUAAUGAAUACUUGCAAGCUCAUAGAGGUCAAAUUGACCAGGAAAGACAAUCAUUGGAUGCUAUUAGAUUACCUUGGCUAGUUGCAGUUCAACAUCAUAGUAAACCAAGAGAUAAUUCAAAGAUCUUGGCAGAGAGAGAAGAAAGAAACAAACCAAAGGAACCGGUAGUUGUUGAACCACCUCCACAACCUCCUAUUGUGUGGUACAAGAAACCUUAUCCUGUAAUGGAUAAUAUUGAUUUCAAUCCGGAUUACUUUCCAGCAGAGUUGUUAGUUGAUGGUGAAUUGGAUUUAAUUUAUAAAUGUCAUUUAAAUAUGGUUCUUUUUACUGUAAAUCGAGCAUUUGAAAAAGAGAAUAUUUGUUAUUCCAUUUUAAGUUUAAGAGCAACAUUCACUAACAAUAGUGUAAAGUUAAUUCCAGAUUUUUUGAAUGCUGAAUAA